GUGUGUUGAAGUCAUUCAUUAAAAAAAGUCAACUCGUGCAUAUUAAACAUUGAAAAGCUUUAAAAGAAAAUUAAAUCAAAGAAAUAUUUUAAUUUUUUUUUUUCUCAUUACAGAAAUGGAAGUUCGAGCUGCUCUGGUCGGCAGUGGCAACAUGAUAUCACUUUGUACAUGUCUCACACAACUCGAUCAAAAUUUCGUUCAAACCUUUGGUGUGUUUCUUCUCGAUCACAUUCUCCUGAUUGUGCUUCGAUACUUGUCGGAUGAGCCAACGGUCCGGAAGAGUGCAAAUUCAACAUUGCUGUAUUUGAUAGAAAACGGAUUUCUCGACAAGAAAGUUAUUAAACGAACCGUUUGUCCGGUCAUUCUGGAGUUGUUGAGAGUCGAUAGAUUAGAAAGCGUCAGAGAACUUUCAUCUGGAGAAAACGACAUUCAUCUGAAUGCAAUUGGAGUGAUGGCAAAAGUUGCACCAAUAAUUGGCACCGAGAUGGCUCAUGAGACUUUCUUCGAAAAGUUUAUGGAACUUUCACAAGUUGAGAUGAUUUCUGUAAGAAAACAUUGCGCCACAAUCUUCCCAGUCAUGUGUGAGGUGCUUGGUUGUGAUUUAUUGGAAUCAAGUAUGCUUCCAGUUUACGUGAAACUUUGCAAUGAUACAUCGUGGAAUAUAAGAAAUUCUUGUGCUCAAAACAUCCAAAUGGUCUCCAUUCUCUGCAGCUUGCAAUUACGUAGAAAAUUUUUAGUUCCAAUUAUGAAGAAGUUUAUGUUUGAUGAAUCACGUUGGGUUGUGACUUCAGCUCUUAAUAGCUUAGGAGAAUUCUUAGCAACAUUCGCACAGCCGCCAAUUAUUGGACUCGCCUACAAUUACCGUUUAGAACUUUUCAUUACAAACGCUGCUGAUAUUGAUUUUCGUCAACAAUAUCAUUCAAAUAUGUUGUUGUUCAGCAAUCAGCCAAAUUCUGCAAUGAUUCUAAGAAAUCUUGAAUAUUACGAGAGAGAAUUUGAGAAAGAACUUAUUGUUGGGAUGUCGGGUAAUGCGAUUGAAGGUCAGAAAUCAAUGCGCUCGUUGUCAGUUCCAAAUACAACAUCUGUUAAACUUUCACCAAUGAACGAUGCAACGGGAACGAAAAAAGUCAACAUUGAAACAUAUUUGCUAUCAAUAAUCAAAGCUAAUCAUUUUAAUGAUCGUAUGAACACGUCCGGAGGUCGAUUAUCAUCUACAACAGCCUCAGAAUCCGAUGAAUGUGAAUUGUUUUCAAUACAAAAUCCAGCAAAUCCCGUUACACUUAUGAAAAGACUCUCAUCAACAACCGAUGAUUUAAACAAUGACUCGAGUUCAAAUGAUGAUAACAACAAUGAUGAUGAUCCAUUUAAUAAGUUUAUGAAGUUCAACACACCAUUUAAAAACAACUUUAUUAAUCGUAUUUUAACACCCGAUACGGUGGAAUCAACAUUCGUUUGGCAUAUGGGAUUCGGCGAAAGUGGUGAGAAUGAUGGCGUCUUACAUAACUACGAUGAUAUCUUUAAAGAAAAUGGAUCAGUUGAGCAAGAAGAUGAUGAUGAAGACGAAGAUGAUGAUAUUACAGACUUUGACAAUAAUCUAAAUAAAAAUAUAAUGUCUUACAAUAGUGAUGAAUCUUCAGAGAAGAAUGUUGGUAAUGAUGAUUCAUCUUCGAUCGAGAAAAAGUUAAAUAACUUAACAUUGCGUGAUAAGCUGAAUAAUAAUAAUGUUGAUGGUAGUUCUUCAGGUAGCGAUGAUGUUGAACUUGAGAAGUUUAAUUCACAUCAAUAUUGGUAUAUUGAGCCACCAACACUUGACGAUCUCAUCGAUCAAAAUGAGUUGAACAACAACAAUAGUAAGAAAGACAAUGAUAGAAGUGUCGAGAAUGAAACAAAUUUUAAUGAUGGUGCUGGUGAUGUUGAUGCUGUUGCUGAUCAAUCGACAUUAGUGAUGGAAGAUGACGUUGAAACUGAAAGCAAUGAUAGCAUGAAGAUUAUGAAGAGUGAGUCGAGAAAUCCUCAACUUACUUUGAACUUGGAAAUGCCGCCAGAAGAGGGCGAUGAAAGCAUUCGAGAGAAUAAUGAUUCUGCUGAAGUCGAGUGGAACUUGAUCGAAGAUUUCGUUUUCAUGAAAGACAUCGACAACAAUUUGUGCUACAAGUGUGCUUACAAUUUCCCAGCAGUGAUGUUAACACUGGGUAAACAGUUUUGGCCACUACUCCAUCAACAUUUCUUAUCGUUAUGCAAUGACCUGCAAAGCAAUGUUCGUGUAAGAAAAACUAUGGCAAAAUCAAUUUAUCAAAUCGCUCUUAUCAUUGGAUCGGAGCAAGCAACAAAGGACUUAGUAGCACCAUUCGUUGAAUUCUUUAAAGAUAUCGAUGAUAUUAAGAUUGAAGUAGCAAAGCAUGUGACAAACUUUAUAAGAAUUAUUGAUCCAUCAAAACAUGAGAUUAUUGUGAAUCAACUUGAGAUGUGCUGGCAUCCAACGGUUCAUGUUGUGAAUUGGAGAUUACGAGAACAGAUAGGAAUUCAAAUUGUUGAGCUUAACAAGCUCGGUCCGAGAAUUCAAAAGGAAAAUUGCUUACUGUAUUUGACUGGAUUGUCUUUAAAACUGAUGAUGGAUAAAUACGAUUGUGUUAGAAAAAUUGGAAUUGAUGCGUUUGUGUCUUGUGUGGAGAGAAUAAAACAGAAGAAACAACUACUUAAGUUCUUGUCAUUCCACUUUGCAAAUUCAACGCGUUGGCGUGAACGUCAAAUUUACAUCUUGACAGUUGACAAACUUCUUGAACAUCGCGCAAUUAAACCAGAAAUGUUUAAUAAUUACAUUUUGAAGAAGUUGCUUGAACUCGCAGUUGAUAAGAUUCCCAACAUACGUCUUUGCAUCGCCAAAUGCUUGUCGUACACUUUAAUGGAAAAUCCUUAUUACAAUAAUGAGUUCCGUGACUCAAAGAAACACAUUCUUCAACAAAUCGCAACAUUGGAAAAAGAUCCCGAUCGUGGUGUUCGUAAUAACAUUUUUUCAGCAUUUUCCGAAAAAGAAAAGACUGAAUCGCCAUCUAGUGACGAAUUUUCUUAUGGCUUGCCCGCUGCUCCGCCGACAUCAUCACAGAUUGAGCUUGUUGAAACGCCGCCACCACCACCGCCGCCAAUUGAUGAUGUUGUCAAUGAUCAGCUGACUGAUUCUCAAACAUAAUCAAACCUUCUUUAUAUUUCUUUCUACUCUUCUUAUCACUUCUUCUAUCUACUUACAUACAUAGAUACAAAAUCCUUUCAUAUAUUUUUCAUUAUGAACUUAAAUCGAAAGCUUUUUCAUGGAGAUAAAAUAUUUCUUGUAAGCAAUAAGAUCAGCCUGUAAAAUAUCAUAAGUAGUAACAAUGAGCUCUUCCUUCCCACACAUAGAAAUGCACAUCUCAACCAAUUAUCAAAUUUUAAUUCGUAUAAAUGCCUUGGAAAGGAAAAUUAAUAAAAACAUUUUUGUGACAUGUGUGGGUUGUUGUGGUUGUAAAGCUCUUGAAAUCCAUUUUUACCAAGAAUUUUAUUUUGUUUUUUGUUUUUGUACAUUUGUAGAAACAGAAUUCAAUAUUUCUGAUGAAUAAAACUUCCUACUUUUAUAAAAGUCAAAA